AUGGCGCCUAAGAAGAAGCAGCAGGCGCCGAAGCAGAAGCAGAAGCCCAAGCACUCCUCCACAUCGUCGUCGUCGUCGUCGUCCUCCUCGGCCGCAGCCGCCGCCGCCGCCACCGCGCCGCGCCUCCAGAUCUCGUCGGAGAACGAGCGCCGCCUCCGGCGGCUCCUCAUCAACUCCGGAGCGACCGACGCACAGGCUCCAGCCCCAUCCGAUGCUCCCGCGGCGGCGCGUGCCGAGUCGAGGGAGCUGAAGGCGCGGCGGCUGCGCGGGGUGUACGACAAGCUCGCCCUCGAGGGCUUCUCCUCCGCGCCAAUCGAGCAGGCGCUCUCCGCACUAUCGGAUUCGGCUACGUUCGAGUCGGCGUUGGACUGGCUGUGCUUUAAUCUGCCCGGCGACGAGCUCCCCCUCAAGUUCUCCAGUGGCACCGCUUCCUCUUCAGGGGCAGGGCUUUUAGGGACAGAGGGUUCAGUUAAGGUAGUAUCGACAGCAAAAGACAAUUGGGUGCCACAGAGUCGUCAGUCAGAGGAGGUGCAGGGGAGCACUGAGGGGUUGGAAAUUAGAGUUAGCAGACGGCGAGAAGAAGAUUUGACAUUGGAUGAUGGGCGAUCAUCUCAAGCUGCAUGGAUUCGGCAGUACAUGGAACAACAAGAGGAGGAAGAUGAUGUAAAUUCUAAUGAUUCCUACACAUGGGAAGAUCACUUCUCACCAAGUUUUGCAACUGUUGAAGCAAAGCCAAGUAGGCAAAAGAAGAAGGGUAAACAAGAGAAAUCAUCCUCUGGAAACUCAAAGGAAGUUCUCAGCAGUUCAGAUAAGACACUAAAUGCUGAUAUUGCAAAUGUUGAGGGUGGUCAAGUUGACUCUGGCGCAACUGGGAAGAAAUGUGAGAGUCCUGUCCAUAUGGACGAAGGAUCCAAUUUGGACAAAAGAAUUUCCAAGGAUGUUGAUGAAACUAGCACAAAGGAGGCAGAAGAAGAGGAAGUAGAACUUGAUAACCUGUUUUUUGAAGACUCUUCUGCUUGGGAAGCAGUGGCUCCAGAUAUAUUAAAACAGCAAAAAUUAGAGAAAUUAUCACAUGAUGGUUAUGGGCAUCUUCUUGGAAACAUAGAUGAUAUAUGGAAGAAGGGAGAUUCUGGUAAAAUGCCAAAAGCUGUUCUGCAAAAAUUUUGUCAGAAACUUGGUUGGGAAGCGCCAAAAUACAGUAAAAUAUCUGAAAAGGAUCGUAAAUUCAUAUAUGCUGUUAAUGUAUUGCGUGGCUCUACUGGUCGUGGUAAAAGUCGGAAGGCAGGAGGCUUGACUAAAGUUGAGUUACCUGAACAAGAUAAAGAAUAUGUAUCUGUUGAGGAAGCACAAAACAGAGUGGCGGCUUUUGCUCUAUAUCAAUUUUUUGCUGAUCUUUCAUUGCGUCCAUUGCUUAUUGAACCAUAUGCAUCGCUUGUUUUAAGAUGGCAAGAAGGGGAGUUAUCGUCAUCAUCUUCAAGGGUUAUGGAUACCGAGGAUAACCGAAGAGCUGGUUUUGUGGAUAUGUUGUUGGAUAUGGAUACAAAUACAACUCCACAUCAAGUUGGAGAUGCUUCAAAUGGUGCUACAUCUGUUGAUUCUAGGAGUAUUGAGGAAAGCUAUUCUGUCCAUGAGAAGAAAGAGACUUAUUUAGUGAAUCGUACAGGAUCAAGAUCUCCAGAGCAGGCAGAAAGCAGAAUGUUGAAAAAACAGCUACAAAAUAAAAUGAAGGACUCGAGCUAUUUGAAAAUGCUGGAAGCAAGAGCUUCUCUACCAAUUUCUAAACUCAAAGAUCAUUUUCUACAGUUACUGAAAGAGAAUGAUGUAGUUGUUGUUAGCGGAGAAACAGGAUGUGGGAAAACAACUCAGGUGCCACAGUUUAUUUUGGAUGAUAUGAUUGAAUCUGAGCUUGGUGGUUACUGCAACAUAGUUUGCACACAACCCCGGAGGAUAGCGGCCAUUUCAGUGGCUGAAAGGGUGUCUAAUGAGCGGUGUGAAUCUUCGCCUGGCUCUAAGGAUUCUUUGGUUGGAUAUCAAGUUCGUCUUGACAGUGCUCGGAAUGAAAGGACAAAGCUUCUGUUCUGUACCACUGGUAUCCUCCUUAGGAAAUUAUCUGGGAGCAAUGAUUUAAGUGAUGUUACUCAUGUUGUAGUAGAUGAAGUACACGAACGCACUAUUUUGGGUGACUUCCUGCUGACUGUUCUUAAGAGUCUUGUUGAGAAACGUUCUAAUCAACCAGGAAGAAAGCUGAAAGUUAUUCUCAUGUCUGCUACUGUUGAUUCCAGCCUAUUUUCUCGGUAUUUCGGAGAUUGCCCUGUAAUUAAUGUUGAAGGGAGAACUCAUCCAGUUUCAACCCACUUCCUUGAGGAUGUUUAUGAGAAAAUGGAGUACUGUCUUGCUUUGGAUUCUCCUGCAUCAGGAGCAUACUUUCAACAGCAUGGAGAAAAGUGGAAGAAUGCUAGUAGCACAGUGAAUAAUCGGCGAGGAAAGAAGAAUCUUGUUUUAUCCUCAUGGGGGGAUGAGUCGGUGCUUUCUGAAGAUUAUGUUAAUCCUCAUUAUAGAACUGAUUGCUAUCAGUCAUACAGCGAAAGGACCAACCAAAAUCUGAAACUCUUAAACGAAGAUGUGAUUGAUUUUGAUCUAUUGGAAGACUUGAUAUGCUAUAUUGAUGAGAACUGCCCCCCUGGCGCAGUUCUAGUUUUUCUUCCUGGAGUUGCAGAGAUUGAUAUGUUGAUUGAUAGAUUAUCUGCCUCAGUUAGAUUUGGAAGGGAAUCAUCUGAUUGGAUUCUUCCUUUGCAUUCAUUACUUGCACCCACCGAUCAAAGGAAGGUGUUCCAGUCACCACCAGAAAGCAUUCGUAAGGUUAUUGUUGCCACAGACAUAGCAGAGACCAGCAUUACAAUUGAUGAUGUAAUCUAUGUGGUUGAUACUGGAAAGCACAAGCAGAACCGCUAUAACCCACAGAAGAAAAUGUCAAGCAUAGUAGAAGAUUGGAUUUCUCGUGCAAAUGCAAAACAGAGACGAGGACGGGCUGGUCGUGUGAAGCCUGGGUUGUGUUUCUGCUUGUAUACUCGGCAUCGUUUUGAAAAAAUGAUGCGCCCAUUUCAGGUGCCUGAGAUGCUGCGGAUGCCAUUAACUGAACUGUGUUUGCAAAUAAAAUCACUUCAUCUGGGUGGCAUAAAAUCGUUUCUUUUAAAGGCCAUAGAGCCCCCUAAAGAAGAAGCCAUCUCCUCUGCUAUUGAAUUGUUAUAUCAGGUUGGAGCAUUUGAAGGACACGAGGAAUUAUCACCUCUUGGCUAUCAUUUGGCCAAAUUGCCAGUCGAUGUUUUGAUUGGAAAGAUGAUGCUCUAUGGUGCUAUCUUUGGCUGCUUAUCACCCAUUCUUUCUGUUGCUGCUUUUCUGAGUUAUAAAUCCCCAUUCAUCUCUCCAAAAGAUGAGAAGCAAAAUGUGGAGAAGGCAAAGGCUUCAUUGAUGAAUGAGAACCUUGAUGGGUCUGCAUCUACAGAAGACAAUAAAGAAUCUGAUCACCUGUUAAUGGUUAUUGCAUACAAUAAGUGGUCCCGGAUAUUAAGAGAGAAUGGAGCUAGAUCUGCCCAUCAGUUUUGCCGUUCAUUCUACUUAAACAGUACAGUGAUGUAUAUGGUCAGAGACAUGCGACUACAGUAUGGGACAUUAUUAGCAGACAUUGGACUUUUGGAUAUUUCUAAAGAUAUCCUGAGACCAGUGGAUGGAAUGAGGAAAAACAAUCUUGAGAGUUGGUUUGCGAAUAUGUCUCUUCCAUUUAACUUAUGUGCUCGUUACUCCUCAGUUGUUAAGUCAGUCAUAUGUGCAGGUCUAUACCCUAAUGUUGCAGCUACUUUAGAGGGUGUUGAUCCAGGAGCUCUAGGUGGCAGGAAGCCAUCUGAUUUUCUGUCUGGAAAGGAUCGUCCUCGAUGGUAUGAUGGACGACGAGAAGUUCACAUACACCCAUCAUCUAUGAAUCACAGCUUGAAAGCUGCUCAAUAUCCAUUUUUGGUGUUUCUUGAGAAGGUUGAGACAAGUAAGGUGUUUCUACGUGAUACUAGUGUCAUUUCCCCCUAUGCACUCCUUCUGUUUGGUGGUUCCAUGGUAAUACAACAUCAGACAGGAGUGGUUAUCAUAGAUGGAUGGUUAAGGCUGACAGCUGCUGCACAGACUGCUGUCCUAUUCAAAAAACUUCGUGUAACACUUGAUGCUGUUCUGAAAGAAUUGAUAAGAAGGCCUGAGAUGGCAGCUUUUGUUGACAAUGAAGUUGUCAGAUCCAUUAUUCAUUUACUGUUAGAGGAAGAGAAGGCCCAACAAGCAUGAAGUUGUGGUCAACGGAUUAUGGUAUAUAUAAUUGGCAACAGCGGAAACAUAGAAGAAUCAACUUCAGAGGCAUCCAAACUGUUUUCUCUUGCCGUUCACCCCGUUGCUAUUUGGCUGGCAAGGCUUGGUGAUUGGCGUUUUUGAAGCUUCAAUGCAGAAAGUGGUUUACUGCAUUUACUUAACUAAACAACAAAAAAUAGAUAUAUGUUACAGUAUAAUAGAGAAAAUCUUGAAAUUCCUUUUCCCCAACCCUGAUACUUUUUUCCCCAGCCCUGAUGUGGAACACAUGACUACCUCAAUUCACUUGAUCUGCUAAAACAUGAAAGCCAUGCGUGUAAGAGAGACCGCAGGAAAUGGAGCACAUGGUAUAUUUAUUCCCUCGAAAGCAAUUUUCUUUCACAAGGAUUUGCUAUGCGGGUGAGAUCGUCUAUGCAUGUUAAAAAGUUUACUUUAAAGUUAUAGUAAAGAAUAGACUAGUUGAUGAUAUCUUGCGUAUCUUGAAACUA